AUGUCAGCCAAAACUUCAGCUAAGCGCAGCUCCAUGGUCUCUAGCCUCAGCGUCGCCGAUCGUGCCAAAGCUUUUCAAUUCGGAUCCACCGCUGCCCUGUCUCCCACCACAAAGCCAGCUCUCACCCAAACGCGUGCCAAGCCAGAGCCACAGUCAGAGCCAUAUCUAUCUACACAGCCCUCUUUGUCCAGACCAUGGUCGUCUGUCGUUCUACCUUGCGAUGCAUCCGCUUCCUCUACCAAACCAGCGCCCUUUUCUCCGCGCCACCGUGUGUCAGAUUCGCAAGCCGUCAUCAAGCACGCUCGCAGAAUCAGCAUCUCGACCCCCCUCCAUCGACGUGCACGCAGCGACGUCAGCGUCAUUGACCCCUUUGUCAGCCAAGAGCCAACGUGCAACGUCAACAGUGUCGCCUCGCCUCCCACCAUUCGCACCUCGUCCUUUGCUGAGAUCGAGCUGCUCACCGCUGAGCUUGAUGCAACCCGUCGACGUACCAAGUCGCUAGCGCAUCCAGUGCGUCGAGCUCGGGCUAGCUCCGUGCUCAUGCACAGCAUCACUGAGGAAAAGGCGCAGCUCCGAUUGUGUCCCUCUCAGGAAACCAUCCGUCCUCUCACCGCCACAUCCAAGCCCACACUGGCCCAUCAGCAGCCACAUAGCUCCUUUCAGGUCUCACCCGUCUCUCCGAAGACGUUGGGUAUUCACAAUACCUCGCUUCAGCUUCCUGCCAAUGACGCUAUCAUCAACGCUAACGAGCACAAGUCGGCCGAUUCGCUGCUCGAGCAAGUCGCCAUGCACGAGGCCUGCGUUGCAACGCUCAACACCCUGUCGCACGAUCGCGCUGCCGCUGCCGCUGCUGCCGCAUUUGCUGCCAAGAACCGACAGCUUGGUCAACCUGCUCCGUCGCUCGCCCCUCCUCGUCGCAGGAGCAGUCUCGUCGUGGCCGCUUGUGCCGCCGAAUUCAGAUCGCUACGAUCCGCCGGAUCCAACGGCGACUUUAGCGCAACCCAGUCCGACAUCUCACAACUCUUUGGCGACGACAGCUACGACUGUUCGGUGAGUCCCAUGGCCGAUAUGGGUCACGGAACCGCCGACUACAACCUCGAGCUCAACGGUGAACGUCGUGCUUCGGCUGCUAGCUACUUGUCAAAUGACUCGACGGUCUCGACCGACCUCUCGAUCGGUUCGCACGCAUCUAGUCUGCUCUUUAACGCACACCUCGCUGCGCCAGGUUUGCAGCGAUGCGCUUCAUCGACCAAUACGAUCGGCAGCACUCGUAGAUCCUCGGUCGCCAGCAGCUAUUGCAGCCACCAACUCGAAAAGGCGCCCGCCAAGCCACCUCGUAGCCCAUUGAGGAUGCACUCAAUCUCUUUGCCAGUCGUUGCUCAACAAGAGCGUCAAGCUGCUCCGCCAGCUCAGGGAGCGGAUGCUACCAGACAACCCAGCGAUGUGACGCGUUUGAAGUCGACGCCAUUACCCCCUUUGCCCGCUGAAGCAGUGGCUGCGACACACAAGCCUCGCUCAUCGAAAGAGUCGGUACGACGACGCCGUCGCAAGGAAGGUGGCCAACGACCACAACCACCAGCACGUUUAGACAGCCUCGACGCUUCAGUUGCAGCAGCUCCCAAAGAGUUGCAGCUCAAAGAAGAAUUCCCGCAACGUCUGCUCGGUGACUGGAUGACCACCGCCAACGUCAGCAGCGUCGUUGCUGAUCCUCGUAUGCAGAGCGAAGUGCGCGUUGAACCCGUGCCGCUGCACAGUCGCGUUCACAACAAAGACGGAAGCAUGUUCCUUCCCGGUCUGGGUGAGAUCGUUCCUCCCAGUCCCAGUCCCAGUUCCGAGCUCGCAGUCAACGUGGUCGUGGCCAAGGACGAAGAGAUUCCCGUGUAUCCAGCAGCACGCAAACGGCUAGGGAUCGAGUCGGAUGUUCCCACCAUGCUCUCUGCUACUGCGGCGUUUGUUGCCAAUUCGGCAGCAGUCAAGUCUUCUGCGACGCUGAAAAGUAAGCUCUCGGGACGCUUUGGACGAUCGCCAUCCAACAGUAGCAAGGACGAUACAUGCAGUACUGGCUCUGGCUCUGGCUCUGGCUCUGGCUCUGACUCUACCAAGGUAGAACGCAAGACUUCAGAAUCAUCACUGCCUCUGCUGGGCAAGAUUCGCAAGACAUCCACCACGGCACGUCAUUCGAUUGUACCACCAGAGAUGCCUUCGGCAUGGAAGGAGCGCAUCGUAAGCAAGCGUCCGUCGCUCGAUCUACGUCGACCGAGCCUGACGUCGCUCACAUCUACGUCGACGCAGUCCUCGACGUCUUCGCAACGUGAUGCGCGUUCACGUACGACGUUGCUACCCGCUCAGCCGCAAAGGUCGCGUUCCAGCAUGGGUUUCCGCAAGAUGCUCAGCUCCAUUACAGGCGUCGAGCCCGAGCGGGAACCCAUCAUCACUGCUGCUUCCGACAUGACACUGGAAGCGCUCGCUGCCAGCACGUUUCAAUCGCCCAGCCGUGCACCAUCAAAUGCUCACCAUCAGCAGGAACGAAAACUAGAAUCUUUCAUCCACCUCUCUGACGACGACUCGGACGACGCCGACUCGGACUCGGUCAGCUCUAUCCCUUCUCCCCUACAAGCAAAGCUCAAUGCCAGAAGAAAGGACCUCACCAAAUUGUUCGGCACUACGCCAGCCGAUGUGUAUCCGCAGCUCACCGAGUCCAGGUAG